AGGAGUCGGGGGGCGGGGCUGAACGCGCAGGGGCUGUUAACACAGAUGCGGAGCGGCUCUUCUGUUCCGAGCGCCACACGGAGAAAGAGAGGGAGAGCAACAGCACCAUGACCGCGAGCACACACGACGUGAUUGUGAUUGGCGGAGGAAUCUCAGGUUUGAGUGCCGCCAAGCUGUUAGUGGAAAGCGGAUUAAACCCUGUGGUCCUGGAAGCCAGAAACCGUGUUGGUGGUAGAACCUUCACUGUUCAGAACAAGGAGACCAAAUGGGUGGAUCUGGGAGGAGCAUACAUCGGUCCCACUCAAAACCGAAUCCUGAGGCUAGCCAAACAGUAUGGAGUAAAGACGUACAAAGUUAAUGAAGAAGAGUCUCUGAUUCACUAUGUGAAGGGGAAAUCGUAUCCAUUCAAAGGGUCUUUCCCUCCAGUGUGGAACCCACUGGCCUACCUAGACUACAACAAUCUAUGGAGGACAAUGGACAAGAUGGGAAUGGAGAUUCCAAAGGAAGCUCCAUGGAGAGCCCCUCAUGCUGAAGAAUGGGACAAGAUGACCAUCCAGCAGCUCUUCGACAAGAUCUGCUGGACCAAGGCAGCUCGCCGCUUCGCUACUUUGUUUGUUAACGUGAACGUGACCUCCGAGCCCCAUGAGGUGUCUGCUCUCUGGUUCCUGUGGUACGUCAAGCAGUGUGGUGGGACUAUGAGAAUCUUCUCCACCACCAAUGGAGGCCAGGAACGCAAGUUUGCCGGCGGAUCCAGUCAGAUCAGUGAGGCUAUGGCCAGAGAGCUGGGUGACAAUGUGAAGCUGGAGAGAGCCGUCUACAGCAUUGACCAGACUGGAGACCUGCUGGUGGUCAAAACAGUGAAUGAGGAGAUAUAUAAGGCCAAAUAUGUCAUACUUGCCAUACCACCAGGACUGAACCUGAAGAUCCAUUUUAACCCUGAACUGCCCCCACUGAGGAAUCAGCUCAUUCAUAGAGUUCCCAUGGGAUCCGUUAUCAAAUGUAUGGUGUACUACAAAGAGAACUUCUGGAGGAAAAAGGGAUACUGCGGCACCAUGGUGAUCGAGGAGGAGGACGCACCUAUCGGUCUCACGCUUGAUGACACUAAGCCUGACGGCUCUGUGCCUGCUAUAAUGGGUUUUAUUCUAGCACGAAAAUCCAGGAAGCUGGCAGGUCUGACAAAGGAGGAGAGAAAGAGAAGAAUCUGUGAGAUUUAUUCUCGUGUGCUCGGCUCAGAGGAGGCGCUUCAUCCUGUGCACUACGAGGAGAAGAACUGGUGUGAGGAGGAGUAUUCUGGGGGCUGCUACACCGCUUACUUUCCUCCUGGUAUCAUGACCCAGUUUGGCAGGGUCUUGCGGGAGCCGGUAGGCAAAGUUUACUUCGCUGGAACUGAGACAGCCACCGAGUGGAGCGGUUAUAUGGAGGGAGCUGUACAGGCAGGAGAGAGAGCGUCUAGAGAGAUUUUGUGUGCAAUGGGAAAACUCCACGCAAGUCAGAUUUGGCAGUCAGAUCCUGAAUCAGUGGAUGUCCCAGCCCUGCCGUUUGUCACCACUUUCUGGGAAAGAAACUUGCCAUCCGUUGGGGGACUCUUCAAGUUCAUGAGCAUGUCCUCUUUCCUGGCUCUCGCCACAGCAGCGGGAGUCGUAGCCUAUAAGAAGGGGCUACUCCCACGCUAGCCUAUCCACUAAUAGCCUAUUGUAUGUGACCUGGCCUUUCGUGAUUGUGAUGUUUGACCAAUCACCAAUCAGAGCCAUGACACUGCCAGGGUAUGUGGUCGAGUAAUUCAGAUGAGAAUUGCCACAUAAGAAGUUUGUUUCUGUCAGUAAUUGUUAGAAGUUUACCAAAUUAAGUGAUCAUUUUGGGAAAAUAAAUGGCUACUAAUUGUUCACGUUGGGUCGACGUUGUCCAGGAGUAAACAAACUGCCCACAUGAAAAGAAAUAAAGAAUGACGGCAACAUUCCA